AUGGGUGAUUGCAGGGAAGAUCCGGUGCACAGGAGAUGCAUAGCUUCAAGCCUGGUGAAUGUUGUAUACCUCCUUGAAACCAACGAAAACCAGGCUAAAGAAUUUUGGUACUUGCUUCAAUUUGAAGUGAAGCAAACUGUAAUUGACGACCAUGACAACUCUAUAUAUGGGACUGUUUUUCAGUGGCGUGGAAGAAUGAAAGCACGUCCAGGUGGGCCUCCUUCUGAAGUAGUUGCGUUCAGAGGUACGCUUCUUCGACCAAGAAAUAUUUUUCAUAACUUGGUCGAAGAGUUUAGGGUAGCCAUUGCACACUAUGAUUGCAUAUCCAGGGUCGAAAAGGGCUUACAAUUCCUAAGAGUGAGCCUUUAUGAUAAUGGGUACAACAAUGUUUGGCUUGCAGGGCAUUCAUUGGGAGCUGCUAUUGCAUUGGGUAUAGCAAUGAAUCUGCAGAGGGAUGCACGUCAUAUUCUUGAAGCACAUCUUUUCAAUCCUCCAUUUAUUUGCCCUACAGUUCCACAGUUGAAAGUAAUUGAAAAGAGUAGAAGUUGUUCAGCGUUGAAUAAGGUAUUGGAAACAAUCAGAGAUCGCUUGAGUUGUACGCUAAAUUCGUUGGUAUUAGCGAUUGGGUACCCAACAUCUAUGUGAACCAAAAGGAUCCCAUUUGUCAGAAUUACGUUCACUAUUUUGAGGUGUUAAUGGGUAUAUAUAGACAUAGAAGUCAUCUGCUUUAUGAGAGUAUGAGCCCUUGGCAUUUAGU